AUGGAGGAUUCUGAGACUGAAAGCAAUGACAAGGCAAAACCCUCUACUUAUGUCAGGGAAUCUGAUAUAGGAGCUGAGGGAAAUGAUGAGGCGAGAAUGCUUGGGAACUCUGAUGCCAUGGAUUAUGAAGAACAGCUGCCACAGAGACUAAGUCAACUCAAGGAAGUGGAUGUCCUGAAGGUCAGUGUGGACAACAAACUGCCCAGGGUUCUGGACUACUUCAGUUUCCUUCAGUGCUCUCUCUCGUUUCUCACCUAUGACACACUGAGAACACAUAUUCAAGAGAACCAUGACGUUAGUUUUGAGUGCCAGGAGAUAGAAUUUGGUUGUCUUGCAGAAUUUGAAGAGUGGAAAAUUUCUUACGAAAAAGUAAACCAUGUUCGUCAUGUAAUGAAUUGUUCGGAGCAGGAGCGACUAGAAAAACGUGUUCGAUAUUACCACUGCCAUCGCUCUUUCAAUUUCAAUUCUAAAGGAACAGGUGCCAGGUGUGUCAAAAGUAUGGGCACGAAUAAAAUAGGCAGUACUUGUCCAUCCAACAUGCAAGUGACAAUAACAGAGGACAAAUGCUGCUUAAAAUUUUUUCCAAAACACAUGGGACACACCCAAGAUGUUGGAAGAACAUUUCUGCAUGGGAACGAGAGGACAGAGUUGGCAGGACGGCUGUCACAGGGUGUACCUGUUGGACGAGUCUUACAAGAUGUCCGAAGUGCAACAAUCGCUGCAAGUAUGGAGAGAAUCCAUCUCCUUGAGAAAAAAGAUUUGCAUAAUAUAAAAAGGGAUUUUGAUAUUGGUUAUGCAACGAAGAAGCAUGAAAAUGAUGCAGUGAGUGUGAGACUGUGGGUUGAAGAAAUGAAGAGACAAAGUGACAACCCAGUACUGUAUUUCAAGCAGCAAAAACAAGUGGAUCCUAAUUUUCAAGAUGAAGACUUCAUUCUUAUUAUAAUGACAGACUUUCAGGCCGAACAACUUCUAAAGUAUGGAGAAGAUAAAAUAUGUGUGGAUGGCACUCAUGGCAUGACUGCAUACGAUUUUCAACUUUUUACUAUUGUCGUUGUUGAUAGAUAUGGUGCUGGAAUGCCAGUUGCAUUUUGUUUUUCAAAUAGGGGAGACAUGUGCUUAUGUCUUUUUAUUUCAAAUGUGUGA